AUGCUUAGGACGGCAACACUUUCUUGUUAUCGUACUCUUGUUCAAAAGAACCCUGCGCUCAUUCGACAUUGGGAACGAACAGGUCAAGCAAAAAUCGCCCUCAAAGCCACGUCCGAGAAACAAUUGAUGGAAUUGGAGGCCAAUGCCAAAGCCAAAAAUCUCUGCGCUCGAGUGGUGAAAGAUGGCGAAACAAGGACAAUACUUGCAAUCGGACCCGCGCCUGUUGAGUUGGUCAACGCGGUCACUGGGAAAUUAAGGCUUCUGUAG